AUGGGAGGCAGCAAAGCUGCUCCUGAAAGCUCAGAUGUGCAUGCCCCCAAGCUCUUUCGAGAGGGAUUGCUUCUUUGGCCAUCAAGAUCUGAUCCCAACCCUUCUCUCUUCAAGGACAGAACCAUGUGCUCGCCGAAAUGUGCUUCAGCUCCUGGAAAUGAACGCAGCGAGUGGCCGCAGGCCCUGUUGGCAAUCGGAACAUUCGGCAUCAACGACAUGAAACAAGACCCACAAAUCGCAGAAAACUUGGAUGCUUCAGAAGACUUGCUUGAUUUCACGGCAGAAGAAGUGAACACACUACAGAAAGAGCUAGCAAAGCUGCUGAGCCGAAAGCCAAAGUGUAGCACCAGCGGAUCCGAGAUCGCCGAAGAAGAAGAAGAAGAAGGUAGAGCUAAUCUGCCACUGAACAGGUUUCUCAAUUGCCCGUCGAGCUUGGAGGUCGACAGGACCACCAGCUUGAAGCUCGACAACAAUGGCGAUCUCUCCCCCUACACCAAGAUCAUACUGAGCAAAGUGAAGGAUGCAUUACAGGGCAACCGCAAUGCCAUCAAGAAGAAAUCACUUUCAUUUCUUCUGAAGAAGAUAUGUGUCUGUGGGAGUGGCUUCGAGUCACCUCCAAGCUUCAGAGACCCCAUUCCUGAGCCAAGGAUCGAGAAGGUAUGGCAAAUUCUUGUUUGCUUUCUUCCUCGUGGAGAUUUGUCAUCUACGUGAAGCCUUCAUGCGAACCUUGGAUGACAGAUUCUCAAGGCAAUUCUUACCAAGAAGAGCUCUGCUCCAACAUCAAUGAGAAGCUACUUGGAGAGCAAACCCAACGAGAAGUUGCAGGCAUCAAAGGUGGAGGAGGAUGACCGUAGGAAAGACCAGUGUAGAUGG